AGCAUCAUAUUCUGUUCAUCAUGUCAGGCUUUUCUCCCCAGUUUCAAAAUUAGAAAAUCAUUUAUAUAUUUCGGAACACAUUUGUAACUUUCUUUUCAGACUUUUCUCGUUUUAAGCUCAAAAUUAAUUACGCAAAAUUAUGAAUAUGCACUGAUCUUGAUUCGCAUGAAGAGACCGUAUUAAAAAUGGCUCCCAAAUGCUAUUGUCCAGUCACCCAUGUCAUCUUCGACCUCGAUGGAACCUUACUGGAUACUGAGAAGAUAUACUUCCAAUCUAUGCUAGAAAUAUUGGCUUCAUAUGGAAAAAGUUACACCCGGGAGUGUCAGAGGCGGCAUAUGGGCAUGCCGGCCUUACAAGCGUGUGCUGUCCUUAUCAAGGAAUUCAACCUUACAGUGAAGACCGAAGAUUUGUGUAACGCUUACGAGGCAGCUGCCGCAAAACAUAUGACCCACUGCGCCCUGCUACCGGGGGUCAGGGAGCUGAUUCUCCACCUUCACGAGUUCCGAAUACCCUUCUGCAUUGCCACUAGUUCUGGCAAAAAAGUAUUCGAUUUGAAGGCAUCGGCUCAUAAGGAUAUCAUGCUGGCCUUCCAUCAUGUCGUGUGCGGAAAUGAUCCUAGCCUAAAGCCGGACAGAGGGAAGCCGAUGCCGGACAUCUUCCUCCUGGCUGCCUCUCGUUUCAAUCCCCCAGCAGAUCCCAAGUCUUGCCUGGUUUUCGAGGAUUCUCCGAAUGGACUGAAGGCCGGCGUAGCGGCUGGCAUGCAGGUGGUUAUGAUACCCGAGGAUGAUGUGACCGAGCAACAAAGAAAAGGCGCCACUUUAGUGCUCGAAUCGAUGGCAGAGUUCAGGCCACAGCUUUUCGGACUGCCAGCCUUUGGCAAGUGCUCAAAAUUCGAGUUUGGCUGACAUAAGCACCCCAAAUUUAUCUCUCCCAAUUUUCACAGUUUUCCAAAAUAAAUAAUUCUGAAAUGUCUCUCGAAGACCAGAGUAUAAAGCCGAA